AUGCACAACUCACGAAAUGUGUGUUCUCCUGAUAGGAUAACAUCAAACUACUCAAGUUAUGGUAAGUCUUAUUUGAAAAAAAAAACCAGUAUGAAAAGGCGGUUUGUUUUUGUUGAGAGAUUUGAUAUGUUGUGAUAAGUAAACCCGGAAGUCAAUUUUUCAUAUUUAUUUCAGGAAAUCAUUCAGCGCCUUGGAGAAGUAACGAUGUUCAUUGCAAUAAUUCUGGUUCAAUGUCAAUUCCACCGCCUUCAGUUCCUUGGAUGGAUCAACAAACAGCGAUGCCAAGUAAUUCUGGAAGAUGGAGUGUUAGAGUGAGUUUUUGUUUUGAUAAAUAGAAAAACAUUUGAAUGGCCUUGUAAGGAAAAAAUGCACUAACCCAGGUGUUUCACAUUUUUAUUUUUAUUUUUUGCAUACCAAAAUAUUCAUCUACAUCGAGAUCUAAAGUAUAUCAAUGACGACUUUCUAUUUUUAUUCAUCUAAAAAUAUUAAUUGCCCUGUGGUUCUAAGAAUGGUUGGUGAAUUUAUUACAAAUAAUUGUGUGAAACUGGCUAUUUUGAGAAAAUUCGUCAUUAAAAAGCCUCUGACAAGGAAUGGUUUUCAAUGUUCCCCCAAGGAAAAAACCGAGAGUAUGUGGAAUGUUGAGGGUUCCCGUGGGUAAGAAAAACCCUAACGGGAAUAAGGAGAAAAAUGCCUUAUUCUCGAGAAAAAAUGUAUUUUAGGUCGAUUUUUACACCAUUUUUUGAUUUUUAGAGCAUCUGUAACUCGAUUUUGAAUCUAUUUCAUGAACUUUUGAGUCGUGGAAGUUGUUCAGAAUGGUCGAUUACGUGUUUGUGAAACUUUUUAUCAAAAAAUAAAACAUUUUUUGAAAUUUGGUUUUUUUAGUCGGGGUUUUUCUGAUCAAAUGGUCACCAAAAAACACAAAAAAUAAUUUUUUCCAUUUUCAAAUGAACGGAACUUGAAAAAUUUAUGACGGUCAACAGACGUAAUUUGGUCCGUAGAAUCCAAAAAUCAUAGUCUCGAUUCACACAAACUUCUCCUUCACAACGAAAACGUUGAUUUUCUAUGAAUUUUUCAAACUGGAUUUUUGAUUUAGUGGACUUUUGGGACCAAAAUUAUUUUAUUCCUAAUUUUAGUCGAAGUAAUACUAAAGUACGCCGUUUGCGCUACAAAUGGAUUUUUAGAUUUACAUUUUUCACCAAUUUUGAAAAAAGUUUCGAUUUUUCUAAAAAAUUUCAUGGCAAAAAUCAAUAACACCAAAAUUUUCUAAAACAAGGCAUUUUUCUCCUUAUUCCCGUUAGGGUUUUCUUACCCAUGGGAACCCUCAACAUUCCACAUACUCUCGGUUUUUUCCUUGGGGGAACAUUGAAAACCUUUCCUUGUGAGAUUCAAUAAACUGAAAUUGAGGCAUUUAUUUGCACAACGCUCAUUUUCAGAGAAAAGGGCAUUUUAGUUUUUUUUUGGAAAAAGUACGAAACCUUUUUUACUCAACACUUCAAAUCUUGAUGAAAUUUUGUCCAUAGACAGCUUUUGGGGUCAUAAGAACAUCCUAAAAUUUUUAGGACCUCUGAGUCAAGUUCUGGGCUCUCAAAAGUUCAAAAAUUGGCUUAAUUGGCUCAUAAAAGUUAGAAUAACUCAACUUCCGAUCGUUUUUAUGAAAAAUUGAAUAGCAGGUGAUGAUCAGCGUGGUCGAUUUACCAAAAAAGCAUCAAUAAAUUAAAAUUUCGUUGUCAGAAAAAUUUUUGAUUUUGGAAAAAAGAAUGAGCAGGGGCACAUAUGAAAUUUCAUGAAUUUUCAGCCGAAAAGUGAAAAACUUCAAAAUUUUUCGAAAAAAUGUUUUUUAUUGAUGUACUUUUAGUAAAUCGACAAUGUUUAUCAAUAUCUGAAACUUUAUUUCUCCCAAAAAAAUUUUUGAAAUGGAGCUAUGAUGAUUUUUGAGAGCCCAGAACUUGACUCAGAGGUCCUAAAAUUUUUAGGGUGUUCUUAUGACCCUAAAAGCUCGACAAAAUUUCAUCAAGAUUUGAAGUGUUGAGUAAAACAGGUUUCCUUGUAAGAACGUUUAGCUUCUCAUUCCCAAAAUAUGUAUUUUUGUUUCAUCGAGAUCGAAAAACCGCGAUCCUAACUUGACAUUGCGCGAGAAGAACAAUAUAAACGUUCUUCUUUUUCUUCUUUUCAUUUCUGUCGUCUCUUCUUCUUCUUCUUCUUCCCGACAAUUUUCCCUUUUCACCUCCAUAUGUUCAAUAAUAAUCCAGGUCAAAUCCCUUUUGCCCCUUCCCUCAAAUAAAAAAUCCUCCGAGUUACUAAAAGUACAGCAUUUUCUCUUUCAUACAUAUGUAAUGUAAUGUAAUGUAUUAUAGAAAAAAGGUUGUUCAUUUAUACUAUGAAAAAAUGUGUGUGUGUGUGUGCGAAAAUCGAUUAUGUUGUCUCUGUUUCUCUUGGCCGCUCUCUCCAGUUGUCUCCAUCUUUUUUCUUUCUUAUGUUGAGCGCGUCUAACUGUGUCACAUACAUAAGGAGAAAAACCCGAAUAAUUUUUUCAGUUAUUUUUUAUUAUUUUUUUUGAGUAAUCUAUGUGAACUUCUUCUUUCCCCCUUCGUAAUAAUACGAAAAAUUCUCUUUUUCACUUAGCAACGUCAUGGAGACUCCCAAUCGUCUUCUUUUUGUAUUUUAUUCAAAAAAAUCCCAAUUAAAAUUUCAAAAAAAAAAGUACAGGAAGUAUCCAAUUUAAAAUAAUUAAUGCAGUUUUUUUCUAUUUAAGGAAAAAACUACUGUACUCUUAAAGUAUCAAUUUCGCCCUUUUUGUUUUUUUUUUGAGUGAGUGUGUUUCGAAAAUCAAUCGAUAUUUUCAAACAUGUGUGUGUAUAACAGCGAUUUCAACACACACUCACAUCUGUGUUGAGGUUUUUUUGCCCCACCAAAAACAUCAUCUAAAAUCGUCGCAUUAGUGAGAGUCCUUCUUCUUUUUUUUUGUCUGAAAGAGCGGCACCUUUUUUGCACUCUUCUCUCACUCUCUGCCAAGAUUUUUUGGAGGUCCCGUGCACCUUUUUUUCCAGAGGGGGAUUUGAUUUAUGUUUUCUCUCGAAAUUAAAACAUCUUGUAUUUAUUUAUUAUAUUUAGAAAAUAAAUAAAAAUACAGUAGGAAUACUCUCCAAUUAUUUUUCGCCAUAAAUUUUGCGCGCGUCUCUUCCUUCCACGCCCACAGCAAACAAGCAGAUUUAUUCAUUCCAAUUUCUAUGGUCCGAUGGAAGCUUCCGCGCAGCGGCCACGUGGAUUACUAUGAUAUGGAUAUGGCAAACGUCAUAGUAAUAUACGUGGCCGCUGAAGCGGAAGACAGUGCCGCUGCGCGGAAGCUUCCGUCGGACCAUAAGGGCUGAUUCACGAACAAAAAAAAUGUUUUUUUUAACAUUAAAAGAUCAAUUCACGAAAAAUCGAAAAAAACAUUUUAUUUAGAUCAAAAUUAGUUUUUCCAGUUUUUCAGUCAAAAAUGAUGACAAAUUGAGAUUUUUGAAGCUUCUCGGGUGAUUUCUGAUGAAAAUAAGCUUUGAGAACCGUUUUACCUGAUUUUAUUAAUUUUUGAAAUUCGAAAUUUUUUAUUUUACGAAAAAUCAGCAAACAUAUUUGGAAAGUGAAUUCCAGGGUCAAUUUUCAUCAGAAAUCACACCAGAAGCUUCUUAAAUUCCGAUUUGUCAUCAUUUUUUGGCUGAAAAACUAAUUUUUUCGUGAAGUGAUCUUUCAAUGUUAAAAAAAAUUUUUUUUCGUUCGUAAGGUGGCCUCCUUAUGAUCCAACGGAAGCUUCCGCGCAGCGGCCACGUGGAUUACUAUGAUAUGGCAAACGUCAUAGUGAUCUACGUGGCCGCUGAAGCGGAUGACAGUGCCGCUCUCGCGGAAGCUAGCUAUAUGACGUGGCAAAGCUACAUACUCGCCCUUGGAUCUCGUCCUUGGAUGAAUGAAAAUUUAUUUAUUUAUAUUUUUUUCAGUCAAACGAGAUCGAUCCGGGUAUGAACGGGGACGGUUGGCAAGGACAAGGGGCCCAACAACCGCAGCGGGGAGGAGGACAUCAUAUGGGUGGUGGAGGAAGAAGAGGUAUGCAUCAAAGAAUGGGUGGUGGAGGUGGUGCACCACAACAACAACAAAGAAUGAUGGCACCAAAUAAUUAUCGACAACAACAAAAUGGUGGAGGUGGUAGUGGUGGAUAUAUGCCUGAUAUGAUGGCACUUAAUAUUAUGCAAAUGAGCGAUUUAUCAUUGGUUAGUUUAGAAUUUGAAUUUUAAAAAAUUGUCAAAAGGUCUUUAAGUUAACCCUAAUUGUAAGGCUCUUAAAAAAUCUUUAAAUAUAAUUCAAAAUCCCUCAAAGAGAUCUUUAGAUGGCUGAAAACGUUUCACAGAACCUUAGAAUUCAGGUGCUCUGAAAGGCUUAGGGUAAACCUUAAGAGCUCUGAUCUUAAAACUUACAGUUUUAAUUAGGAGUAUCAAAUUCUAUGUGAUUGUUGGUCAUUUCCAGUCUCUCUGAAAUACUCUAGCUUUUAAAAAGAGCUAUUUGUUGUUCCGAAAUUCCUCUUAAGACCAAGAAUCCUACCAAUUUUUCUCUCAGAAUGGCGGUCCACAAGUAAUGCCACAACCCACAAAUGGAAUGUAUGGUGAUAUGCCGCCACAACCAAGUUGGCCACAACCACAGCCAUUCGGACCACAAGAUGAUUUGUAUGAUCACGCACCGCCUUUUGGAGCACCGCCAACACAUAAUGGUGGACCACCGGUGAGUAUUUUUAGACAAAAAUCUCACUAUACGCAAAAAGUGCCUCGCAGUCUUUGCACAACAAUUUGAAAUUUUGAAAACACAAGAUUUUCUUAGCUCAAAAUGUAUAUUUUGUUUAUAGUAUGGUAACAAUCGCAACGGUGGCUAUAAUAAUCGUGGAAAUCGUCAAGGCGGUUAUCGUCCACCACAACAACCGGGAGCAUUUCCAAUGUCGAUGCCACCAAUGCCACCAAAUAUGGCCGGACACCCGCCACAUCCAAUCAUGCCGAUGUCACAAGGUGGAGGAAGAAAUGGCGGUUCACAAGGUGGAUAUUAUCAGCCACAACAACAGCAACAACAAUUCAACUCACAACCUUUCCCGCCGAUGGGACCGAUGGAUCCGAUGGGUGGACCGGGUGGAGUUGGUGGAUCGCAUGGCGGAUUUGCGAUGUGUGAGUUGGAUUUUCAAUCUUUUUUUGUUCAUAAAACUUCUAUUCAGAAAUAUGUUUACAGAAAAAUUUCGCUCUGAAAUUAUCUGAAAAUCCACGUGGAAAAAUUCAGAUUUUCCUCAAAAUUUGAAGUUCUGAAUGGGGUAUCCAAAAAACGAGCAGGUCUGAAUUUAUCUCAACUUUGCGAAAUUUGAUAUAUUGCUCAUUUUAGAUCUCAAAAACCCCUCAUUUUUAUGAAAAAUCGAGCAUUGCUCAUUUUAGACCUCAAAAACCCCCAAUUUUCAUGAAAUUAUGGGCAUUGCUCGUGUUAAGUCUCUCAACUUUGCGAAAUUUGAGAAUUGCUCAUUUUAGAGCCCAAAAAGCCUAAUUUUCAAAAAAAUUUGGGCAUUGCUCAUGUUAAUUCUCUCAACUCUGCGAAAUGUGAUAUUUUGCUCAUUUUAGAGCUCAAAAACCUGAUUUUCAAGAGAUUCUGGGCAUUGCUCAUUUUAGAGCUGAAAAAAAUAGUUUUUAAGAAAUAUUGCUCAUUUUAAAUCUCAAAAACCCCCUAAUUUUCAAGAAAAUUUGGGCAUAGCUCAUUUUAGAUCUCAAAAAACCCAAUUUUCAAGAAAUUUAGAGCAUUGCUCAUUUUAGAGCUCAAAACAAAACUAAUUUUCAAGAAAUUCUGGGCAUUGCUCAUUUUAGAUUUUGAAACACCUGAUUUUCAAGAAAUUCUGGGCAUUGCUCAUUUUAAAUCUUUCAACUUUGCGAACUUUGAUGUAUUGCUCAUAUUAGAGCUCAAAAACCCCUCAUUUUUAUGAAAAAUCGAGCAUUGCUCAUGUUAAUUAAACUCAAAUUAAAAAAUUUUGUUUUCAGCUGGAUCAAUGGAUGAUUAUUCAAUGUGGACCGAUGAAAAUGACGAGGAAACCAAAAAGAAGAAGAUUUUGAAAGAUAAAGGAUUGAAUGUUUGGGGAGACGCUGAAACAUCGAGUAAGCUCAAUUUUUCUUCUUCAAAAUCUAGAAAAUUCAUCUCUUUAAUUUUAUUUUCAGACGCAAAACCGAUCCGAAGAUGGCUGAUUCCCGAAGGACAAGACGAAGAUUUGGAGACGGCAAUGUCGCGAUGUCCACAAUAUUUGAAGAAGAAAACGGUGCACGAAGAGGCGUUGAGACGACGUCUCGCCUCCGACAACGUGCAAAUCUCGCAACAAGCCCAGCAACAACUCGACGAGGAGCGAAACGCGAUGAUGAAAGUGGGGCGGCGUCCGAUUGUCGCGUGUGGAUGGGGAGAUUUGCCACCGGAAAUGGCCGAGAAAUGUCUCGAUUUCGACCCGAAAGUCUGGAGUGACGACGGUGGACCAAAAGGAGAGAUGCCGUGGAAUUUGCCGGGUUCCGGUGGACCAUCGAGUCAGGGAUCGCAAUCGCUUGAGACGCGCAAUCCAUUCUUCGCGCAACACAUGCAACAACAACAACAAACUGGUGGAAUAUUUACAGUUGAUAGUGUGACUGGAAGUGGAGAUGGUGUUUGGUCGAAUGGAAGUGAUGCGAUUACAGCCUCCGCAGCAGAACCAUUAGAUGAGAAUCGUAUGAAAGUUGCCGAAAAUUUGAGAUAUGCUGUUGAGAAAGGUCAUUUGGAUAUUGGAUUGUUGUCGUUGACGCACAUUCCGCCAACGGUUUUGGAUCUUUUGACGAUUAUUUUGACGAAAAUUCCGAUUUUGGAUGCGUUCCAAGAUGAAUUGACGGCAUUGGUGAGAUUUAGAAAGGAAUUCUGAUGAAAUUAUUUUCCUUGAUUUUUGCAGGCUCAAUCUACUCGCCCGCCAGAGUUUGAACCGACUGAUGAUCCGAAAUUGUGGCUCACUGAAACACAAACUGUAAGUUUUAGAACGAUGCUCCGCGUUUACGGCAUCUAAAAUUGAAUGAGAAAUAGAUAGCUAGAAUUUUUGGCGCCAAAAAAUGUCACGUGGCAAAAGUAAUUUUUAUCGUUAGGCAUUUCGAAAUUCCGGGUAGAUUAAAGGCUGAGCCCUAUUUUCAGCUCAAAACUUUCGAAAUUCGAAAAAAGUCUAAAAAUUCCGGAAAACACAAAAUUCACUUUAUAAAAUUUUGAAAAUCAAUUUUUUUUCUGAAUUUUUCGAGAAUUCUUCAACAUGAGCAAUGCGAUAAAUAUUUCUAACAUGAGCGAUGUUAAUUUCCGAAACUUUGAGAAUUAAUUUUAGGCUGAUCUAAAAACUAGGCCUAUUUUCAGCUCAAAACUUUCGAAAUUCGAAAAAAGUCUAAAAAUUCCGGAAAACACAAAAUUCACUUUAUAAAAUUUUGAAAAUCAAAUUUUUUUUUCUAAAUUUUCGAAAUGUGUUUUUUUAAAUGAAUUUUUUUGUAUUUCUAACAUGAGUUUCCGAAAUUUUGAGCUUGUUUCCGAAAUUUUGAGAAUUCAUUUUAGGCUGAUAAGAAAACUAGCUAGGCCUAUUUUCAGCUCAAAACUUCUGAAAUUGAAAAAAGAAUCUGGAAAAACAUUCUUCAAUUUCCAAUUAAAUUUAUUUUGAGAAUUCUCUAACAUGAGAAAUACUGAUUUCCGAAACUUUGAACAUUCCCAGAAUUUUCACUGUUUCAAAAUUGUUACUAGUUUUUCAAGUUCAUCCCAAAAAUCAAUAUUAUUUUUGCAGAAUGAAUACAACAAAAUGAUGAUCAGCGUCGUCACGGCAAAAAUCGAAGUAACCGAUUUGUCGAAAAAAAUCAAUCAAGCACUCGUCAACGCCGGACUCGCCGCACCAAGUGCCCUCACAUCAACAUCGCAAACAGUCUCCUCUUCAGUCGCGGCUUCCGCGUCAGCGAGCGGCGGCGGUGUUGUCGGUGUCGACUCACAAUCGCAUCAUCAUCGCGCAAAUGACACGUUCGAAAAUGCGCCACUUCCCGACAAUUGCGAUUUCUACGAUUAUUCAUUCCUUGGGUAG